CUGCAAAUAACAGUUCAACCAAAGGACAGCAAUAUGGCAAAUAAGCCAAAAGUUCAUGUGUUUUUGGGUGCUCCAUGUCCGCAAAUUCUCGCGUUAGAGGUGCAGGAGAAAGGGCUCCCUCAAUGGAAGACAAUGGACCUCACUUGGAGUCAAGGCAGGUUGAUACCCAAGAGCAAUGUUAGAGAGGAAAAAGAAGUUAACCUGAGCAUAGAGGUAAGUGGUAGACUGCACUCUGCUGUUACCCCUGAGAGAGUACCUUUUUCAGAGACCAGCAAAGACCAAAAGGAAAUUUCUCAAGAUGACAGCACUCCAUCAGACUGCCAAUGCUCUAAAUCAAAUGGAGAAUCCAUUGAAGAAGAGGAAUUGUGUCCUUUAUCUGUGACAGAAUAUCUAGAUGGCUACUACUGCCCACAGACUUGUUUAGUUGUUGGACAGAGCAAAGAUGAAAGGCCUCAAUCCCCUUUGUCCAUGGAGACUGAGUAUCUGAGUACAUGGACAAAAUCCCAAAUCUUGCUUCUUCAAGGUAGAUUAAACUGUUCUCCAACAUUGGGCUUCCAUGGAGACUUUGGUUCUCCACAUACCCCUCGCAAACAAACUUCAUCAGCCUCCAUAAGUUCUCCAGAAUUGUACAGCCCUGUGACUAGCCCUGAAGAGAGGGGCUUGGGGGGAACUUUGCAUAGCUCAUUGGAAUGGCAUAAUGACAGUCAAAUCCAAAGACUACAAUCGAGAGGGGUGAUUCUGGAAAUCACAGCCGACGGCAUUCUUUGCUCUCAAGGCAAUGCUAUAGCUCACUCUGAAAAACCUGUAGACAAUGAGGAGAUUGGACUUAAUAUUGUCUCUUCAACUACAAUUGCACAGACUUCACCAAGUCCCAGUACUUCUAAAAGGAUCAAGUUAUCUCAGACUGUAGAUAAAACUAAAGAAGUAACAGAAGAGAGGACAAGAACUAAUGCAGUCCCACUAAGUGGUCCUACAACCCUGCUGGCUAAAUGUAAGACCCAAGGUGUACGAUACGCUAUCUUGGUUGCUGUGGUGCACCCAUGCCAAUUAAAAGAGAUCAAAGUGAAAACUGGAGCUUCGGCUGGUACUAGUGUACCUCUAGCAACUGUGAUUGUCACCGACCAAUCAGACAUGGAGAUGAAGUUGGUGCUAUGGCGGGCAGCAGCUUUCUGGGCCCUGACUGUAUAUCCAGGGGAUAUUUUGCUUAUUACAGAUGUGAGAGUACACAUUGAUAAGUGGAAGACUGAGAUUGUUCUGCAGUCAUCUUUCACUAGUAAGCUGUUGAAUCUGGGACAGGUCACGGGUGAACAUUGUCCACAAGCCCCACAGAAUUUGAACUGUCAAACUUUGAGAACACUGUGUACACAUUUGUGUGAGAAGCGCCCCCUGAUGGUGUCUCUUCCUCCUCGCAAGCCUCAGGAUUUGCACUCCAUCCCUUUUGUCCGCCUUGGAGCAUUACGCCCAGACACUUUGGUUAAUGCUCUUGUUAGAGUAAAACAUAGAAAUUUAAUUACAGCCUGGCGAGAUGAGGCACAGGGUACAUCCAGAACAGGGGGUGUUCUGAAAGCUGUUUUGAAUGUAGAACAAGGAGAUGGUCACCAAGGGGCUGUUGUUCUGUGGGGAGCUGCUCUCUCUUGGCUGCAGCGUUUAGAGAGAAACAAAGCUGCUGUGUGGGAGUUUAGGAUGCUGCUAGUGAGACAGGAUGUGACCUCAGGUCUGCUAGAGCUGCAUUCCACACCAUGGGGCAGCUGCCAGCCUCUCUUUCCUGAUGACAAUCGAUGUAAGGAGUUUUACAGCACCGCAUGCUCGGAGAGAACUGCUAACAGCUUUGAGAUUGAUCUGAACACAUUACUGUCCCAGAAAUACUCAGGUGAUGUAGAGGUGAGAGUUAAAAUCACUGCAUUCCAGUUCCAGAGCAGUCCAUCCCAGGAGGACUCGUUGUUCAUAGAUGGCAACACACCCUUGGAGAGGAUCCUGGAUAUAGUCUCUGGUGACAUCAUUUUCACUGGAUGUGGGAAAUGUUCUAUAGAGCUACAGACUGAUGAAAAUGGCAUCUACAGACCAUGUUACCCCUGCCUGCCACACACAGGAGUGCGGCACUAUUUUAGGCCAGUUGUUUUAACUGUAAGAGAUGGCGAUAAUCAGAUCAGUGUGGAAGUUCCUCCUGUUCUUGUGCAGAAGAUCCUUCUGAACACUCCCCCAGAAAAGUUGCAUAAGACUGUAGCCCCUGCAUCAGAGGUGCGGUUCAUCCAGGUAGUAGCUAACAGGAUCAGUUCCAUGUUGACCACCAUGGAGAACACAUUUCUCCUGACCGUCAGAAGCCAUUUCCAAGUCGGUUCGGAUGACCAAGUACACAGAAUGGCUGGAGCACUCAGGAUGGAUGAUACACAGUAUGCAAUGAAGUUUGACAGUGAGUUUAUAAUGGACCUCCCAUAUAUGCAAACACCGUUUGAGGUCAAAACUGAACCCUAUGUGCCAGAGACAGUUCAUGGACCUUACCUGCAGAUAAUUGAGGAACCAAAGCAGAGAGGAUUCCGAUUUCGUUAUGAAUGUGAGGGCCCAUCUCACGGAGGUUUGCCAGGGGCCUCCAGUGAGAGGAACAGAAGGACAUAUCCCACAGUCAAGGUGUCAAACUAUGUGGGCCAUGCACGUGUUGAAGUUCAGUUAGUGACACACACAGAACCCCCUCGUGUCCACGCACACAGCCUUGUGGGACGCCAGUGUAAUGACAGUGGGAUAUGUACUGUUGAUGUGGGGCCCAAUGACCUCACAGCACAAUUCAGCAAUUUAGGGAUUCUUCAUGUCACUAAAAAAGGAGUGGCUGAAGUACUAACAAAAAGGUUAAGAGAAGAGAAGGGGAGAAUGAAGGAGCCUGGGUAUAAGUUUACUGAGGCAGAGGAACAGGCUAUUGUUCAAGAGGCUAAGGAACUGGGCAAAGCCAUGGAUCUAAACAUCGUAAGAUUAAAGUUUACGGCUUAUCUUCAGGACAGCAAUGGGGGUUUUACCAGAUCCCUGAAGCCUGUUGUCUCCAACCCCAUCUAUGAUAGUAAAUCACCAAAUGCAUCCAAUCUGAAGAUUUCCCGCAUGGAUAAAACCUCUGGAUCAGUGCUGGGAGGAGAAGAGGUCUUUCUGCUAUGUGAUAAAGUUCAAAAAGAUGAUAUUUACAUACGUUUCUAUGAGGAGGAAGAGGAUGGAGGAUGGGAGGCUUUUGGAGACUUUUCCCCUACUGAUGUUCACAAACAGUAUGCAAUCGUGUUUAAGACACCACCGUACCGCUGCACGGAUAUCUCACGCCCUGUCACAGUGUUCCUGCAGCUCAGGAGGAAGAAGGGUGGUGACUGCAGUGAACCUAAGCAGUUCACAUAUAUUCCACACAAUCAAGACAAAGAAGAGGUUCAGAGGAAGAGGAUGAAGGCCCUUCCUCAGCCCUAUGAUCACUGGCGGGGAGGACCUCAAGGAGGACCAGGAGGCUUUGGAGGUCCUGGAGCUGGAGCUGGAGCUGGAGCUGGAACAGGAGGUGGUGGAGGUGGAAUGGGAGGAGGUUUUCAAUAUAACCAUCCAAUGGAUGGUUCAGGGUUUUAUGUUGGUGGAUGUGGCGGUGGAUUUGGGGGAGGUGCACAGAUGUCAGGCUCUAACCCACAGACUAAUGGAUCUAAUAAGCCAACAAACAAACAGAGCCAAACUGGCUCUCCAAUGCAACAGCAGCUGAUUCAGAUUGCCACAGCUCUGCAAAAUCAUGCUACAUUGACAGCAAAGUGCACUGCUCGUGCUUUGUUAGAAUACUGCAGCACUGGGGAUGUACGCCCCCUGGUGGUUCUGCAGCGACAUCUAUGUGGUGUGCAAGAUGAGAACGGUGACACGCCUCUACACCUGGCUAUUAUCCACCAGCAACCUGUUGUGGUGCAACAGCUUAUUCAAGCCAUGAUGAAAAUGCCACAGCAGAAGUUCAUAAACAAAUUCAACAAUCUCAGUCAGACUCCAUUGCAUCUGGCUGUAAUCACAAAGCAAACAAAGAUAGUUGAGAUGUUGAUGAAAGCAGGUGCAGACCCAAGCACGCUGGACCGAGACGGGCGGACAGCACUUCACCUGGCUGCUCAUACUGGUGAUGAGGCCUUACUACAAGUGGUCCUGGGCCUGCUGGGAGAGCAAUACACCCAUCUAGUAAAUUGUGCUGACUUCUCAGGUCAAUAUCCAGUCCAUCUUGCUGUGAGGAAAGAUGGGGAGCGCUGUCUUCAGUUGUUGGUUGAUGCUGGAGCAAGGAUUAACAUGCCUGAGCAGAAAAGUGGAUGCACAGCACUGCACCUUGCAGUGAGGGACAACCUUUUAAAAGUGGCCUGUAAUCUCAUUACUGAGCUGAAAGCUGACGUGAAUGCUUGUACCUACGGGGGCAACAGUCCUCUUCACAUUGCUGCCAGUCAGGGAUCUCCACCUCUCUGCUCCAUGCUGGUUGCUGCAGGUGCCGAUAAACGCUUGGAGAACGAUGAGCCUCUUUUCUUCAGCUCAUCUUCCUCGGAUGAAGAUGAUGAGUCUGAAAUUAAUAAUGUUGUAGACAAGCAGCCUCAAGAUUUCAUGGUUCAGCAAGUUCAGCGCCUGUUGAUAUCAUCUGAGAGAUGUGCAUUUAACCCACGCAAGAGACCUGCUGCUGGGCACACACCAUUUGACCUGGCCAAAUGCCAAAAGGUUAGAGAUUUAUUAGAUGGCAGAAAAGGUCCCAAACCCAGUUCACUUGCCCCCAAGAGGACCAAAAUAAGCACAGAGGAAGUGAGCCAGGGUUUGGACAGUGAGGUGCUCACGAAACUAUGUAGUAUACUCACUCAAGACCAUGUACCCUGGAGAGAGCUGGCAGAGAAACUGGGCAUGCUUACACUCACUCACCUGUACCAGGAGAGUCCCUCACCCUGCCAUAAGCUUCUCGAGAACUAUCAGCUGAGUGGUGGUCCUGUGGAUGGCCUGGUGGAGGCGUUGCAGUCUCUUGGUGUGAGUGAAGGAGUCAGACUUCUAAGAGACCGCCAACCCAGAGAGGACAAGCAGAGCACAGAUUCUACAGAGGACAGCGGCUUUGGGAGUCAGUCCAUCGGUGAGGAGAUAACAAAUCCUGCAAUUGCCAAUCACUAAUUAGCAGGACAAGUUCAUUGAGAAAACUUGGCACUUUAUCUGGCAGCCUCUGCUCGGACCGAUUUUUUUCAGGUGCAAACUGGUGGACUGUUCAUCUCGAUCAAGUGGAAAUACAGCUCUUUCAUCACAGAGAAGGAUUGAAAAUAAUUUUUCUGAGGUCAAAAGCCCUCCGUGGUAUUUCGUAACUGAGUAAGAAAACAUGACAAAGGAGAUCAGUUGCUUUGAGACACACAAGUCUCCAAGGUUUGGAGUGAAGCUGUAGUUUUAGUGCAGGCAUUUCAGCGCUUGUAUUUAAAGGGCAACUCACUAACAGUGACUUAACUGUAAUGCACUUGUCAUUUCCAGAGCACAACUGUAACCUUGUAAUAAUACAGUAUGUGCUAAAUGUACUAAUAAGGAUCUAAGUCCUUAUUAAGCUCUUUUUUUAUAUGCAAAAAUGUGUUUGCAAAUAUAAUUGUGAUGCAGUGCAAAUUGAUUGAGUUAAGUUCAUUUUCUGAUACUUCUAAAGACCAAUACUGUUUAUUUAUGUGGACUUUUGUUUGCAGUUACAUGCUUUUGCAGUGGAUGAGUAAAUAUGUUUGAUUUAAAUAAAGCU